GAUUCUGGAAAACGGGUCUCCGAGUAAAAUUCAGCGACCGCAAAAGUGGCUUACAAACUGAACUGUUUUCCAUUUUGUGAAACCACACAAAAAAGAAGGAAAAAAAAAGAAGGAAAAAAAGAAAAGACACUUUAAUCUCAUCACCAGGCAUUGACAUCGUAGAAGGGUAACCAACAAAAAAAGCUUGGCAGGAGCCAUUUGAGGUAGUCCUGUGGGGCACCUCGGCCUUAAUGAAACCCAGCCGUAUCUAGAAGAACCAGAUUGGCCAACAUGGCUCACACAGACACAAGUACCUCCGGAUUUCUUCUUAUCACAGCGACGCUCUUCCUCGUCCUGGGACCGACGUUUCUCGACGCCAGCCCGUACCCGAAAAAGGUUCAUGACUUAUUUCAAGCACAUCGAGAUCGUCAUCGUAGGGAUGUGGACAGGGAGCCCAAAUCAUGGAGAUACACAAGGCACGCCAUAGACGUAUUGAAGGCGGACUUAAACAACAAUGACCUGUACUUUUGCAGAGGUGAUCCCUUCCGAGGCGUCCAGUGUCCUGAGGAACCCUUUUGCAGCGCGUGGGAUCAGAUCUGCGACGGGGAGCAGCUCUGCGCCCUGGAGACGAGGGAGCAAUGUCUAAACCGUUCGAUCUCGUCUUACGGACGGCUGGACUCUCGGCUCUGCGACGGUGAUGAGAAUCCCAAAUGGUGUCACUGGAAAUACCAAGCCCCUGUCAGAUGUGGUGAGGACAUCUACCUCAGCCCCAAGAAAAAGAAGUACCGAGUCCAGUCGCCAAGAUACCCCGAUAACUACCCCAACGACUACUUCUGCUUCUGGACCGUCGCGGUGCCGGACGGUCACAAGAUCGCCGUAAACUUCAUGCGGUUCGACACCGAGCCGAACUACGAUCUCCUCUCCCUCGGUACCGGGUAUAAUCGCGAAAGCUCCCGGACGAUUAUCAUCUUCAAGCACAGCGGGAAGAGGGGUCCGCAACCUUCGCAGUUCGAUGUGAACAGUAACGUCGUGUGGAUUACGUUCAAGUCAGACGACUGGGAGAGCAGUAAGGGGUUCGUGAUUGAAUUCACUGACAGAGAGAAGAAGGAAUUUGGAGUGUUAGGAGUAAAUCCAUUCAACUCCCCACCCAACAGAGACUGUGGAGGGAAAAUCUUAAUGCCGGCUGAAGGGGAGACUAGAUUGAACUCGCCCGGAUUCCCCGAGUACUACGGCAACCACAUGGAAUGUGAAUGGGUCGUGUCGAUCGCCGAGGGCCUACGUAUACGAAUUCAUUUCGAGCGUUUUGACGUUGAGGAAGAAGAGGAUCACCUCAGCGUUGGUAAUGGAGUCAGCAGUAGGCGAGCCCCGAUCCUGUAUAAAUACAGCAGUCGCACCAAACCCUCCGACAUCAUCUCCAGGGGUUCGGAUAUUUGGUUCAAGUUCGUCUCCAGUGUGGCGGUUUCACGGCGUGGUUUCGAGAUCGUUCUCACUGAACAACCUACGAACGAUUGUGGAGGCAUUUUCACGGUGCCAACCACCGGGAAACUGAGCAUCGCCUCCCCGGACUACCCCAACGAGUACCCGACGCUGACGGACUGCCUCUGGCAGUUCCGCUCCGCCUCGGAGCGCCGGAUCCACAUCGGCUUCACGGAGUUCCAUACGGAGUACGGCUACGACAGGGUGCAGAUAGGCAACGGAUUCGAGCCCAACGUGAACAUGACCAACCUGGUCUUGCAGCACAGUGGGGACAAUAUGCUGGGGAUUGAGGGCAUGCUGGCUUUCCAGUCGUCCGGACCCGUGGCUUGGCUCUCUUUCAAGACGGACGAGUACAACCAGAGGAAAGGGUUCCGGUUUAAUGUCUACAGCGAGGAGGGUUCUCCAUGGAUAGUGGAGUCGUCGGUCACAGAAUCAUCCCUCGACUCUGCGGGCGACUCUGAGAUCCCCCUGGGCUCAGAGAGCAACCUCGAACUCCAACUUCAGGAUCAAGAGAUCGACCCCCAGCCGAACACCCCGGCACCGACGCCACCGAGGAAGAAAGGAGGAAAGAAGCCGAAGAAGCCUAAAAAGCCGAAAGCGACCACCGAAGUGCCGACCACUGAAGGGCCGACCACAACGACGAAGAAGCCCAAGACAACUCGACCUCCUACAACGACGGUUAUGACCACCAAGCCGCCUACAACGACGCCUAAGACUACAACCGUCGCUAUAGCCGUCGAGGAAAAGCCGUUCUACGAGUCGGACAGCCUGAGCGAGAGCUCCGACUACGAGAGCCGAUUCUCUAUCUCGUCCUCGCAAUAGGCUUAAAGCUAGUCGUGUUCCCUGUAUAUAUGCAAACAACAGCUGCGUACACCUAGUACUGCAGUUAUUUCGCAGUGAGGGGCAAGACUAAUUUAUACAGUCGAGCCUCGUUUUGGUUACAUUGAUUAUGAAUCGAUUUUUUAUAAAGGUGACAUCUUUUUUUAUUAAAGGUAUUCAGGUGAUUACACACACCUCCACAGACGCAACGUGUCACAAGCCUAAUUUGCAUUUUGGUCACGUGCCAAAUUCUUAAAAAAAUUACGCUUGCUUACAAAUUCUGCAAACAUUUAUAGAUAUGGAUGAUUUGUCUUAAAGAUGGUUUUGAAAUUAUUGUCCCUGAGUUAAAACAGUUUAUGCUCGAUGCAUUUCAAAUUGACUUCGGUUCAGUUUUGGUUUCGGAUAUUUCCGUGACACUUCGGGUGAUUUAGGAGAAAGACAUAAUCGUGUGUAAGCGUCCAGGAUUGUGACUCAAAAGAAGGACAAUAAAGACAUCAUUGAAUUGUACCAAUGGUGUAUUCCAAUAAAUACUUCAUUUUGUGUAGAAGUUAAUUUGAAUUACAGAAUUGCCUAAACUUUGCCUUUUUAAUAUAAUUUUACAUACAUUUUAUGUAGACAUUAAUUAGUUAUGGGUUGUGUAAGUUAAAGUUACAACUUUGUUUGGAUUCAUCAAAAGCACUAAUCUGUAUUUUAUAAACAAACUCAUGAAAACAAAAAGUAAGAUAUUGUGCUGAAAAAAAAGGAAAAUGCAUGAUUUUGUUCAUCCUAACAAGCGAGGGCGCUGUUUGUUCUUGGAUUACAGGGGUAAAUUGUUUAGCAAAUUACUGCACAAGUUUAAAUGACAGCGAGAAGUCAUCUUUAGUAUUCUCUAUAGUUGUAAUAGUUGUUUUUAGUAUUCUUUUUUUUAAGUUAAAUAAUUUAUACCACAGGCCUUUUUAUGUUUUUUUUUAAAAUAAUAAACCGUUAUUUUUCUCAAAGACACAGUGAACUAAACAAAAUGUUAAAGCAGAUUUCUUGCUUAGCAGAGAUAACGGGAAACGAGGUAAAUACGACCAUGUACAGUGUAUGCACAUUGGCUGGUUGCCUUUGAUUGCUUAGUUAAUAGCAACAAUUAUUUGUAGCCCCACCUGCAUGACGUCACGCUGUUUCAUCUUUUUGUACUAUGGUGAUUUUGAACCUGUACCACGAUUAUGCUCACUCAUACUUUAAAUAGAAUGAUUGUAUUCAACUAUUUAGACAAAAUGACUACAAUUCACACACUAUUUACUACAACAUUUAUAUCAAAUUCCUAAAAUGUAAAGUAGAGAUCUAGAAUUUUCAAUAAACUUCUUCUUUUGUGCGCAUGUUAAAACUAA